AUGCUUGUCACUAACCGAGACCACGUGCAGGUGAUUCAAGUCGAUCAACGUGUUCCAAUUGUCGAAAGUCUGGAGUCGAAUGUACCCGUGGAUAUAGUUGUCCAGCCAGAGAGAGGAACUGGGGCUGCCAAAAGCGAGUACAGCUUCUCAGAACAGCAAACUUGGGUACGAACAACGAACCGCUCUUUCAGCUUUGUUGACGAGACCGAAGAUGUGGUCAACAUCCAUGCUGUUGUCACCGGGGAGCCCGGGGCCGACGACGGCAGCGCGAAUACCUACUUAGGGACUCCACAUAGACAUGAAAGUCCACAGGACUACCUUGCUUUACUAUCUGCUGCUUCUUCUCCAGUUCCAGAGUUGCUGUCUCACUCUCGAAGCUCAGGAAUAAAAUCGCACGCCUCACAUGAUGCCCACUACGGCCGGGAUGGCAUCAGGAAGCAACGAAGACACUUGCGACCCAGUCCAAACACGAGCUCUGCAUCACAAGAUGCCAGACAAAAUCCAGCCAAAGAGUUCCAUCAUCACGACGACACGUCUGCAUCGAGCGGUCAUACUGGAGCCUCGAUACAAUGGGAUCUACUUCACCUUGGAGAAGAUUUGACACUCGAUUUUCCAAACAUCCAACACAUCUUUGAAGCGAUAGAUCCCCAACUAGAAGACAAAUCCACCGGCAACGACAGAACCUACGUCGAAACACCACUAUGGCCCCUUCAAGACCGUCAGGAAGCCUUCCUCUACAGAUACUUCGUCGACAACCUCGCACCUCUCUUCGACAUGUGCGACAACGAUAGACACUUUGCCAAGGUGGUGCCGAAGAGAGCAGUCUACUGCCCGACACUAUUGAACGCGAUGUUUUCAGCUUCCGCAAAACGUCUUAGUCGAACAAUUGGCGUUGAUGGAGUCAUUGCCGAUCGAUACCAUCAAAUAUGCCUUCGCUCGUUGAUCCCGGCGCUCUCGUCCUCUACGGCCGUCGUCGACGACAACCUUCUGGCUGCUGUUGUAAUCCUGCGCUUCACGGAAGAAGUCGAUAUCGGUUCCAUGACCCUCGAGUCCCAUCUGAUGGGUACUAGAAUCCUGCUGGCCGCUCAAGAAAACGCCGCCGAUUUUAGCGGUCUGCGACUUUCUGCAUUCUGGCUCGCUCUGAGGCAAGAGAUAAGUCAACAUACCCACUUCCUGGCACCCCCCUGUUUCUGGCACCACAAAAACGAUGGGAUCACAACCCAACCUCCUCAUUACUAUUAA